AUGGAACUUAAGCUUUCCUCCUUUGUUAUUCCCUUUUCUCUUUUAUUAAUGUUUCAUUUACUUGCAAAAUACUACAAACAAAAAACUGCUUACAAGUUACCUCCUGGUCCAAUGAAGUUACCAAUCAUUGGUAACCUUCAUCAAAUAGCAGCCCUAGGAUCACUUCCACAUCGUGUUUUUCAACAACUUGCGCAUAAAUAUGGUCCUAUUGUUCACCUAAAACUUGGUGAAAUUUCUACCGUAGUUAUAACCUCACCAAAGUUAGCAAAAGAAAUAUUAAAAACUCAUGAUGUUGUUUUUGCUAAUAGGCCACAUCUGCAAUCAUCUCAUAUCAUGUCAUAUGGUUCAAAAGAUAUUGCAUUUUCUCCAUAUAAUGAUUAUUGGAAACAAAUGAGAAAAAUAUGUAUAUUAGAGCUUUUAAGUAUCAAAAGAGUUCAAACUUUUGCUUAUAUUAGAGAAGACGAGACCCGAAACUUUAUAAGAUCAAUUCACUCAUCAGAAGGGUCGCCAGUCAAUCUCACCCAUAGAAUUUUCUCAUUAGUGAGUUCUAUGGUUUCGAGAUCGGCUUUUGGCGACAAAACAGAAGAUCAAGAAGAGUUUGUGCAUGUGAUAAGAAAAGCUAUAGAAUAUGUUGGAGGACUUGAACUUGCAGACUUGUUUCCUUCAAAGAAGUCUAUAAUAAAUAUGCUAUCCGGCGCGAAAUCAAAGUCGGAAAAAAUGCACAAAAAUUCUGACAAAAUAAUGGAAAUAAUUGUUAAGAAGCAUCAAGAGAAGCAAAAAAGAGCAAAAGAAGGGAAGAUUAAAAAUGAUGAAGAAGAGCAUGAAGAUCUUGUUGAUGUUCUUUUGAGAAUCCAAGAAGAUGGAAGGAGUAAGGAUCUUCGUCGAGAAGCCCAACACAAAGUAUCGCCUCGAGGGGAGGCAAGGACCUUCAUCGAGAAGUAUAUCACAAAGUAUCGCCUCGAGAGGGUAGCAAGGUCCUACUUCGAGAAGUUCAUCACAAAGUAUCAUUUCGAGGGGUGGCAAGGACAUUCGUUGAGAAUUCUAGCAUUUGCACCGCCUUGA